AUUAUUUAAGACAUCAACUCAAUUGGACAGGAAUACUCAGCCUUUAAGGUUUUUCCCUAUGGGCCAGGACCAAAGAAACUUGCAGACUCUAUUCUUUUUUAUUAUUGACACAGGUGGUGGUGAUUCAGAAGUGAUGGAAUAACGAUGAUGUACUGAUGAAGCAUUCUGGUGAUUUCAUUAUGGAACAGAAGUACAAGGAUUUAGUAAGCAGCUCAAUAUUUUCAUCUCAGUUGAAGCUGUACCAACAGUACCAAUCAAAUCUGCUGACAUGUACACCACUAACUGUUACAGAGGACAGCAAUGGUGUGAUGAUGUUGCAUGGUGUACUUCGCUUGUAUUGGGGAGUACAGAAACUAAUUCACCUCAAACAAGAAGAAGAUCAAAGUUGGAAACGGAUGAGUCUACGAACAGGGAUUGACAACGUAGGUGAUCAUAAAAAGACUAACGGUGUUGAUUCGAAUCGGAAUGCACGAAUGUAUAACUCGUUGAUAAUUGAUAAAAACGACAGGGAUGUUUUUGAUGAAGAGCAUGAAGAAGAACACAUCGGUAAGGAGGAGGAGAUGAAUGGUCAUCAUAAUGAAGACAAAGAAUCUGCAAGGCAACAAGUAGUACAAAGACGUCGGCACAUGAGAAGGAGUGGACGGACAUCCUCUUUUAGUGGACAUAUGUACAAGCGAAAGACGUCCAUUUUCCGGCCAAAGUAUGGAACACAGUCUAGCGUAACAGUCUCAAGUUUAAUGAAAACUACAGAUGUCUUGGAUCUUUUAUUAAGGAAAUUUUGCAUUGUAGAUCCCACGUCAGAUUUUCAUUUGUAUGUACUACGGCAGAGUGGGGAGGCCACAGAGCUAAAGCCAACAGACUACCCCUUGAUCCAAAGGGUCAAGCUAGGUCCUGAUGAGAAUGUUGCCAAAAUCUUCAUAUUAAGUUCCAGUGAUGAAGUAACCCCUGAAGUCGGUCAAUAUGUGAACCUCCCUGAAACUGUCUUAAAAGGUAUUCUAAAUAAAUACAAAGAAGAAGAAGAAAAUGAAAUAAAAAAGAUCAAGUACAGGUAUGAUCAGUAUCGCGAAAAUGUGAGAAAGAAGAUAACAAAAGCACAAGAUCAGUCUAAGAUGUCACCCAUAUCAAAGUUUGGUAAAUUUUUCAAAAGAAAAUAAUAUGUUUGUUAUCGUUGGUUUUUAAUUCGUUUUGAACUACUCUUCUUUAAUUCAUGAAUUAAAAUGUCAUGAAAAAUUGGUUGUCAUUCACUUUAACUUAUCAUUUUUAAACUUAUUCUUUUUAACAUUGUUUGUUGUACACCACUUAAUAUGAUAAAAAUGUGAGGCUUGGCAUUUUAAUACCAGUGUACUGUUGCUAAUUGUUAAACUGAGUAAUUUGCAUAAGAAUGAGGCAGAGUAUUGUAUACUUUAGUACAGAGAAGUCGAAAUACUUGUACUCAUAACUUAAGCAAUAGUAAAUCAUUUUAAAGUUUAUGAUGCGCAGAAUAUAAAUAUCAAUUUUCAGGUUGUUGUCACUGGUUUUGGCAUGGCAAGCCCCAUAUUUCUUAAGAUGUGAAGAUACAAAUCCAGUUGCAUGUUCUCGCUCCCUCAAUUCUGUCUGCUGAAUAUUCACAAAAAGCCCAAAUCUUAGAAAAGUACCCUCCUCUCUCAGUUAUGUUUCUAAUUUAUACUGUGUCACAUGCUGUUUGUAAAUCGGGAGGGGAAUGGAGUGAAACCAUGGUUACACACCCCAGCACCGUUUUGCUUCUGACUUUCUAGUAUCCUUAAUGGAAUCCAUAACAAUGAUAAUACUAAUUAUAUCCAGUGUAUAUAUUUUCAUCAUGAUUAUGAAAACUGUGUUUAGCCCCAGCCUACCUUUUCAACUACACGUUUUUGGCAUUCUGGAUUUGUUCUCUCACAUUCAUUUCAAGUUGUUUUAAACCUCAUGUUUUAAUUAAAAAAUUUUCAUUGAAAAUUUAUAUUCAUGAAUUUCAAUAACACUGUUAAUAAUGUGAAUUAGUGUUAAUAUUUUUGGUUGUUAAUCUAGAUGUACACAUUUAUAUACUGUUUGAUAAAUAGUAAGAUUAAUACUUUGUAUUAUUUUUAACUUUUUAUAAUGACAUGGUAUAUUUUGUUCUCACUCUAAAUGUUAUAAGAAAAUUAUUUUACUAUGGGAUGACACUGCUAUUCUAAAAAAAAAAUCCAAUAGAUUGUAGUAUUUCUUUAAUUUAUCAAAAGAGAGCUGAACACAAUGCAUUCCUUGGAGCUAAAACCAAUAAAACAUUUUCAAAGUGGCUGCUUUAAGCAAGAAACAUAAUGUUUAAAGCUAUAAAGAAAAUGUUCUAACUCACAAUUAAACCACAAUCUAUCUUCUGAAUGGACAGCAGAUUUCAAAUAUUCAAAGACUUACUUAUUGGCAUGUCCAUGCUAAAAUACUAAUGUAUAUAGAAUGGAAAUUGUUUGGAUACUCACAUUACCAAUAAGUACAUAUAAAGUAUAUAAUUAAAUCAUGAAGCAGUAUAAUACAGUACACUGAAUGUUAAUUUCAUUAAUGGUUCUCAAAAAAGGUGAGCAGUGAAGGUUUGAAUAAUGACAAUAGGGAGAUUUCAAUUUGUGCGACGACGCGGCGCUUGAACGGAAUCACUUAUGCGUAACCGUCCUACCUGGCGUCCUACGUUCUCUGCAUACGUAGAUUUGGCCAAAUUGCGUUCCAGAAUCUACUCAACAAGGUGAACUCUUAACGUUCUCACAUGCACAUAUGACUUUUUAGUGACGUCAUUGCGUUCUACGUCCUACCGUCGUCGGGCAAUCGAAAGUUCCCUAAUACUGUGCACUACUAAUUCAACAUGCUCUGACCCAAACAAUCUUUUCACACUGUUGCUUGUCUCCUUAACAGCAGGCUAGUGUGUUCUAGUAUUUUUGUAAUUGACAUUAUAGUUGUGUUCACAUUGAACAAAAAACAGGAUGCGCAGUCUAAUAUAUUGAAACAGACAUUUUGAACAAAAAAAAAAAGAAGCAACCCAGUAACUCAGGUGUAGAUAUGCUUAUUUUUAUAAAUAUUUCCAUAAACUAAAAAUUUGUACCAUGUAAUUCUCAGUAAAAUCAAAUACCAAAAUCAAGUCAAAUAAUACUAUAUUCUACAAGACCAACCUAAAAUACUGUGUGUUUUAUAGAUAAAUUAUCUAUGCAUUUUUUUUACUAUUUACAUUUUAUAUAAAUAUAUAAUUUUGUUAAAUAUGCAAUUUAUAAAUCAAAGGUGUGAACGUAGCUCAGAUUGUGAGUCCCUCAUUAUAAUAAUUGAUGUUUACAAAAUUGUCAAAUUUGCUAAAUUAUAUUGCAAUUUUUAUGAAAUUCUAUAUGUUUGCUAUUUCUUUUUUAUUUUACUAUAUUUAUGUCAGAAUUUUGGAAAUUCUUGAUUUGUACUAAAUUUUCAAAUUUUUUACUAAAUUUAUAUCAGCACUCUAAGGAAUUUUCUAGUUUUACAAACUUAAAUUUGAUAAUGAUUCUUAGGCUCUUUACAGACUCACAUUUUAUUUGACAAAAAAACUGUUGCAUGCCCAUAUAUAGUCAUGGUGUGCCUAUAUAUGGUCAUGAUGUGAUAUCAUGACCAUAUUUAGACAAGUCACAUGUUUUUGUCCAAUGAAAUUUGAUACUUUACCAACUAACUGGUUUAUACCAUUUUCCCAUUAGGGAACAUUUUUUAUCAAUAUAUUGUGUGUAAUCAAUAAUAGUAAAUCACAAGAUAGUUAUUAAGUAUGUAGAAACACCUCCACUAAACUUGUAUUAGAAUUCAUAGAUUAAUAAUUUUUAAUGCAAAAUUACUGAAUGAAUUCUUAACACUAAACUCGGAUUAAUUAUAUCAAUUUUUAAAAUUAUUUUUAUAUUUAUUUAAGAAUUGCAUUGAUAGGUUAGAGUCAUUAUCUGUUCAAAGUUUGAUCAGACUCUGCUGUAUAUUAUCUGUUUGGCCUACUCAUGAAUGGCGGUUUGGGGAGUGCGGACACACCCUCUCAUGGACAAAAAUUUAUUCCAUUAAGUUGGUUAAAAUACUAAAAAUGAUGAUUAAGUGUGCAUUGGAAAUUGUAUGCAUACAAUGUUAAAUGCAACAUAUAAGAUAAAAAAGAGAGCACAAGGCCUAGGUAUAUUAAUAUGCAACAAAUGAAUAUUGACCUAUAGGGAAAGGUCACAUAUUAGGUGAAUACUUUGUUUUUCUGCUCUGGAUGUCAUUUGUUUGGGAAAAAUGCCAAUCAUAUGUUCUAAAAUUUCAGCCUCAAAAUUUUAAAAAUUUCAUAAUGCAGACAGGAGCAAUAAUUUAACAGAUUUUUUUAAAUCUUUCUUUUUGUAUCACAUUCUCACAUCCUAGACAGAGAAUUUUUUUAGUCAAAUUUUAUAUUGUAAGAAAUUUUAGGUAAAGCAAUAUUUACAAAUACAAAUAUCACCAAUCUCUUUCAUCUGAAACUGUCAGAAAUGGUUUUCAUUAGUCAUAUAAAAAUCAUAUACCUGUAAAUUAUUAAUUUAUUUGAGAUCUAUUUAGAAUCAGUUACUCUGUUUAAAAUUGUGGUGGAUAAUUUCCAUCGUACUGUUUUUCAAUCAUUUUCUUUUUGUAAUAAAAAUAUUUUGUGAUGUAUUUUUCAAAAUAUUGUUGAAUUAUGCAAUUAAGUAACCAUAAUUAGUACUAAGUUGGCAAUGUAGUGUUUUGGGGGAUAGUUUGAUAAAUUAAAUACCAAGGGUAGUUCCCUGUAGUGGGUCCAUGGAGAUGGGUUGAAUGCACGUUCCCCCCCUCUCUAUGCACUAUACAAUUGGUACUUUGAAGUAAAUUACAAUUUAUUACUAUAUUUUAAUACAUUAUAACGUCAUAACCGAUAGUAUAUAGAAAUUGAAUAUAUUUGAUAAUUGUAAUGUAAUGUUUUUGAGAUUGUAAAAAGGGCAACAAGUGUAAAUAUAUAUGUAGAUAGGAAGAUAGGAGGAUGAUAGAUGAUGGACUAACAUUUAUUAGUCAGGAUUUUUGUUAUUACUUCAGACACAUGUAUAUGAAUAAUUGUAUUUUUAUAAGUGUAAAAACAUUUGUAACCAAACUGAUUGUAGGCAAAAGUUAAAUUUUAUUGGCAAGAAUUGAGAUCAUCCUGAACAUAUAUUGCCUGUGACCAAUCUUAAGAAAUAAAAUUGAUAUUAAUGUCUAUUUUCUGAAUACUUACCUGGACAAACUAUUGCCUUGUUCCCAUAAUCCAGAACACCCUUCAAAGAUGAUAGAGCAUAAUAAUAAUAAAAAUAAUGAUAGUAAUAUUGUGUUAAUAUUUUUCCAUUACAUUAUUUACUAGUUAUUCUAUGACACUUUGCCACACAUACACCCCUGCCCACUUACUACGAUUUUCUAACAUUUUGAUCCAAUAGUAAUGUACAAUUUUUACUAAAUAACUUAAUAUUCUUUAUAUUUUGUCAAUAAAAAUGACAGUUUGAUGACAAUCAGUAUGGUGCAGUACAGGUUUAUGAAUUGUAGUUGCAAGAUAAAGUUGUUAAAGCUUUUAGAAUCUUUUUCAUUGUUAUUCUUGAGCUGAAAUACAAACUUUUCAUUUGGUUAAAUAUGAAAAUAUGAAAUAAAAUGGUUUAUUGUAUUUAAUGUCA